UAAUUAGUCGCGCAAUAAUGAUUAGAUUAAUAUAACAGCUUUUCAAACGAGCCAUUGAAUCGUAAAAGUUACAGCCAGCUCCCGUACUUUCGAAUACCAGAGGGAUCUAUUUGGUGUUGCACGCAUUCUGGUCGACCUUCAAACUCCCUAGAUCGUUCCGAGUUAUAUAUCUCAUUUCCUUAAUUUAAUUUACCUUAAAAAUUCGCAUAUCGUGCAUUUGUAAACGAUUUUAUUUCGAUUUUCAGUUCACUUUAUAAAAUUUCCCGGCACGUGUUUUACAUCAAAUAGGGAACGACGUGGGAACAGUUACCAUUUCAAAUUCGUACAAAUUAUCAUGGAGGUCUAUCACGUAAUAUCACGGUUUGCCAUCGGUCAGCUCGAAGUUGGCGGUAUUUGAUACAAGAGAUCGCAAAAUUGCUUCUAUAGAACUUUGAGAAAAUGAAGGUAAAUGGAGAUCAUGUCGAUGCACAAAGUGCUAAUUGUGAAACACAAGAAAACGAGGAGGAUGCAAACGAAGUGGAGCUUCAUUUUGAGCCAAUAGUGUCUUUACCAUUAAUAGAAGUAUCUACCAAUGAAGAAGAUGAAGUGGAAAUGAUUAAAUUGAGAGCAAAAUUGUAUCGCUAUGACUCUGCUAGUAAACCGGCAGAGUGGAAGGAGCGUGGUACAGGAGAGGUGAAAUUACUGAGGCAUAAAAUCAAAAACACAGUCAGAGUUGUGAUGCGUAGAGACAAGACCUAUAAAAUUUGUGCUAAUCAUUUUGUAACUCCCUGGAUGGAACUGAAACCUAAUUGUGGUAGCGACAAAGCAUGGGUGUGGAGCGUGCUUGCUGAUUAUGCGGAUGAACAGCUCAAACCAGAAUUACUUGCCAUAAGAUUUGCAAACGCAGAAAAUGCAACUGCCUGGAAGGAGGCGUUUGAGAAGGCUAAGGAAAUAGUCGGCUCAGAAUGUGAGAUAUAUGCUGGGAAAAAUAAUAUGGAAGAGAAACAUGUUGAGAGUGAUAGUGAACCUUCUAGUGUUGUAAGUUCUAGUGAAAGUACUGAUAACGAAGAUGAAGCGAAGAGGCAGACAGGAGAAGAGUCGAAAGACGAAAAUGAUGAAAUUGAAACUGCUGAGAAGAAGCAGAUCAAGGACGGGGAGAACAUGGACAAAGUAUCUAAAGAUUUAGAACAGUUACAAGUUAAGGACGCAGAACAGAAAAAGUAAAGACCUAUAUGUCUAUAAGUUAGAGGUGAUAACUAAGUGCACAUUCCAACGUAAUCAUGUAUGCAUAUGCUUUGAUUUUUUUGAUGAUUGAUUUCGUCGUAGGGAAGUACAUAUUUUAGUGGCAUCUUUAAUAAGCAGAUGAAAGAAAUUGUAGUUCUAUGAGACAAUGUUUGUGCGAUCGUUACAUGUUAUCUGUGAUUUCUUAAUGGAGAAUACUUCUUUUUUAGUAUUUGUACCCCUUAACAGAAAUUCAUAUUCAAGUGAACGAUUUGAGAAAGUGAGAAAUUAUAGAAUUGUAAUUUCAUGAAAUUUUUUAAGAAUACACUCCACGCUUUGUUGUUCGGAUUGGUAAAAUAUUAAAUACAUUUAAGGCAUUAUCGAAGAUUAGAAACAGUGUCCUUCAGAUAUUUUAUUACAUUCAUACUUAUGAAAAUUAGUUUGAAACAUUGAAAUGUAUCGAGUGACAGUUUUAUCUGACACGUAUUAGCAUUUUAAAUUACAAGAGCCGCAAAAUAUUGGCAUCGAACCAAACAAUGGAUAUUCGAUUUUAAUAUCACGCUAUUUUUACAAAAUGUUUAAUAAAUUAUUGUUCGAUCAA